AAACUACAGCCUCUAUCUAAGACGUCCGACUUUCCUGACUGUGUGGUGGGGAGCUCUAGCAAUAUAAGGAGAUCAUCUCUUGGUAGUCUUCAGUCCAUUCUUCGUUCUCACAGCUUUUCAGCCUACUGAUAGCAAGAAAAUUCACUAAUAACCAUGCAGCAGACAGUUAUCGUGUUAUUUGUAGUAGCAGUGGCUGUUGUGGUAUGCCAGGAUAACAGGGACUGGCACAUAGGAGCAGACUCAGUGAGGCCGAGUGGCACAGUAGUGCACGGCCACGCCAACAUCCCGGUACACAGAGGCUCCAAUGGUCAAGUGGACGCCAAUGUUCACGGGUCUCGAGUGUUCGGGGGACCGUACAACAGACAGCAGACAGUAGGGGGAGGCCUGCAAUACCAACACCCCAGCGGUGUGAGAGGAGGACUGGAUGUGACCCACUCUAGAGGACAAGGCAAUACUUACGGUGCUUCUGUCAGCAUACCAUUCUAGACUGUACAGUGCUCAUAUGUUCCUUAAUGUAACCAUUGUUACAUGAUUUGUAAAUAUAAAUGUUCUGCUAUGUAGAUCAUAUUAUUAAUCAGUGAUAAAUAAUAAAUUGUUAAUAAACUC